AUGGGUGCCUCCUUUUCGACCUACGACCAAACGCUCCGCGACAUCGAGGAAAACAAGGGCAAACAUGCCGAGUUGGACUAUUCCAACCGCGCUCUUGGUGACAAGCGGCUCCAGCGCAUGGCUGAAAGCAUCCACAACAAUCGGCGUUGUUUCAACUUGGAUUCUGAUCCCUCAUGCUUGGACCGCAGCACGCUAUGUCGGCUGGAUCUGAGCAAUACGAACAUCACAGGAGCCGGUGUUCGCUUUUUGUGUGAUGUGCUGGCAAACGGCAAUGGCCUCCUUAACGUAGAGGCCCUGGUGCUCAACAACAAUGCGCUUGGCCCAGAUGGUGGUCGUUUCUUGGGCCGUGCCAUCAAGAUGAACGGCUCUCUCAAGCACAUCAAGCUGAAUAACUGUGCCCUUGGUGAUGAGGGUGCCCUCGCCAUCGCCCAAGGUCUUCAGGAAAAUUUGUCGGUCUUGACGAUUGAAAUGGCUGGCAAUCUGCUCAGCGACCGCACGGCACAAGCCAUGGGCAACAUGCUAGCUCACAAUCAGCAUCUGGAAGGUUUGAGCUUGUUUCAAAACAGCAUUCUUGCGGCCGGAGCCAAAUACCUUUGUGAUGGCCUCAGCAUGAACGCCAGUCUUCGCUGGCUUUCAUUGGGAAGCAACAACAUUGGCAGUGAUGGCAUGCUGCAUUUCAAGCAUGCCUUGCCCCAUCUCAAUCUCCAAUGGCUGGCUUUGGGCGGCAACAGCAUCGGUGACGCCGGCCUACAACACCUCGCCGAAGCCCUGGCCGAUGAACACUGUCCACUUCAGUCUCUCGGUCUUGGCGGCAACAAUAUCAGCGAUAUUGGAAUGAAGGAUAUUUGCAAAGCACUUUGGUCGAACACAGGUCUUGAAGCACUGGGUCUUGGAGGAAAUCGCAUUGGGGUCGAGGGCUGUGAGGAGCUGGCGCAAAUGCUCACUUCUAACCGAUCACUCCGUCGUCUUGUGCUGUCAAGCAAUCAAAUUGACGACGAAGGCCUGAUGGUGAUUGCAGAAGGCUUGUGCAAGAAUGAGCACCUUCACACGCUGCUAAUUGCCGCCAAUCCUUUUACGAUGGACGGAGCAUGGUACUUGGCUCAGCGACUGGAAAAGAGCAAAUCUUUCGCCAACCACGACCUUCGUGUCCUAGACAUCCAUGAAUCUGCGCUUCAGCCCGCCGACGAAGAGAAGAUUCCUCCUCCUUCUUCUUCUUCUUCUUCCUUCUUCUUCUUCUUCUUCUCUCUCUCUCUCGCUCUCUCUCUCUCUCUCUCUCUCUCUCUCUCUCUCUCUCUCUCUCUCUCUCUCUCUCUCUCUCUCUCUCUCUCUCUCUGUUGA